AUGAGAUCUAGUGUCUACUUGGCCGUCCUGGCCGCCGUGAGCGGUGCGACGGCGUUUUGGCGCAUGGAAUGCCACAGCCGUCUUGGUAUUGCCCGCAUCGAUCCUCUGAUCUCGCCUGGCGAGGUUGCACAGCACGCGCAUUCCAUUCACGGGUCCUCGGGAUUCAGCGAGAGCGCUACCUACCAGAACCUGAUAGAUGCAGACUGCACUUCUUGUGCCGUCACGCAGGACAAGUCUGUCUAUUGGCACCCCUCGCUCUACUUCCAGCACGCCAAUAGAACCUACGAGUCUGUCGAGCAGGUUGGUGGCAUGUUGGCCUACUACUUCUUGUACGGCGACGAUGGUAGCAAGAAUCCCAGCAUCACGGCGUUUCGGAGCGACUUCCAAAUGAUCGCCGGCAACAGCCUCCGCCGCAGCUACUCGAUUGCAGGAUACAGCGCCUUUAACGUAGACCCCGAGAAGUCUUUCUGGUCCAAGCUCGGUCAGACAUCGCAAGCCGACCUCGCCCAACGAGCCCUUGGCUUCAACUGCCUCAACUACGAUAAGCAACCCGAGGGAUCGCUGUAUCGUCAUGUCCUGCCUGACAAGUUCUAUCUCGACGCCAACUGCGCCGACGGAGUGCGGUUCGAAAUCAUGUUUCCUUCGUGCUGGAAUGGCAAGGAUCUCGAUACAGAAGAUCACAAGUCGCACGUUGCGUACCCGGAUCUCGUUAUGAACGGAGCUUGCCCUCAAGGAUUCGACGUCAAGCUGCCCGGUCUCUUUUACGAAACCAUUUGGGCUAUAAACGCAUUCAAUAACGUCGAUGGCCGAUUUGUGAUUGCGAACGGCGAUGUUCACGGUUUUGGCUACCACGCAGACUUCAUGAACGGCUGGAACCCGGACUUCCUUCAAAAAGCUGUCGAAACUUGUACUAACGCUUCUGGCAAGAUCCAGGACUGCCCAAUAUUUGAUAUCCAGAGCCUUGAAGACCAGCAGAAGUGCAGUCUGAAAGUGCCCAACGCACUCGUUAGCGAAAAGAUUGUGGGUCUUGUCGGCAACUCUCUCCCCGAAGACGUUGCUAUCCAGUAUGAGCCAGACUCGGCUAUGGUUAAGAACCCGGCACUACCAACCACCACUCAGGAGCUACCAUUGGUGGGAUACUCGGAGGGUGCUCAAGCUACCGGGACCGCAUAUCAGCCUGGACAAAUAUUCAAGCAGUCAUCUUCAGCCGCCGUCCCAUCUCCAUCCGUUUCCUUGUCUAAGGUUACCGCCGCACUUGCACAGGCCACUACUCCUCCAACCCCAACCGAAGCUACUGCCCCGGCUGCUGUGGAUGGUUCCAAGUACGAGGUUGUUAAGACCGAUUACAUUACUGUCAGUGAUGUGGUGAGUAUGAUCAUUGUGAAGGAGGCGAUCGACUAUGUCACCAUCACAACCACCACGGCGACCGCCACUGGGUUGGCGAAAGCACGUCGCGAGGUUUACAUGCACGGGCACCUUGGUCGACACAGGCACAAUGGGCACCGCUACAUAUUCUAAUAGAGUUUGGUUGAGACGUCGUCUUGCUUCUGUCUAUAGCUGGGCUCUCUUUACCUCUCUAUGGCGUGCAAUGCAAGCUUCUUUUUCCACCUUUCCCUGCAUCUUGUAGUGGCCUUUUAUCUGCCUUCUUUUUUCUUUUUUCCAUCACGGAUCUGAACGAGAUUCAUAUCACAAUGGAUAUCACAGAACUCCAUGUGAGAGAUUUUGGGGGCACAAGGUUUGGAGGAUAUUGCCGUUCAGGAUCUGUGAGAAGGCC